CAUGGUUAGUGGUGAUUGACCAUUCCUCCUAAGCCCCUUUAGUUAGCCUAAACUUCAACAUCAUCUCAUUCCUUCUGCCAAAACCAGUACUAUAUAUUCACCUACCCCUUCAUGAAUGCUUCUGUCACCUCUCUCUAACUUAACAUUCAAAAAUCAAAACUACAAGACACUAAGUGCUACCUCACCCCAGCUAACAUGGAACCAAUCACUUGUCUGCGUCCUGAAUUUGUUCCGAGUGGCGACACCCCUCUACCGGAGAGUCCUCGAGUUCCUAUGGAGUUUCUGUCAAGAUCAUGGAGUGCUUCAGCUCUUGAAGUCACAAAAGCUCUUGCACCACCUCAUUCUUCAUGCAUGCCUUCAAAUGGUUCUAUUCCUGAAGAAACCACUAACCACUCUUUAUCUGAAGAUCUCUCUAUACAGUCUAAGAAUCAGUUCUCUUUUGCUUCCUCUGCUACUUCGCAGCUCGUCCUUGAGCGCAUUAUGUCGCACUCUGCAAGAGAGGAAGUGUCUCCGUUAACAUCAGGUAGAUUAUCUCACAGCAGCGAACCUUUGAAUGGUGGCAGUUCAUUAACUGGAACAGACAGUCCAAUUUCUCAUUCAGAUGAAUUUGACGAUGUUGUCAAGUUUUUUCGGACAAACAAUUCCAUUCACCCAUUAUUCAAUGGUGGAAGAGCAAGUGCCGGUGUUGGCAACGGCACGGCUUGUUCAGGACCUAAAACUGUAGGAAGGUGGUUGAAAGAGAGAAGAGAAAAGAAGAAAGAAGAAAGCAGAACACAAAAUGCUCAGCUGCACGCUACUAUUACUGUGGCUGCUGUUGCUUCUGCUAUAGCUGCCAUUGCAGCAGCAACAGCAAAUUCAUCAACACAAAACAAGGAUGAGAAGAUGGCCAAGACAGACGUGGCUGUUGCUUCGGCUGCCACUCUAGUUGCCGCACAAUGUGUGGAGGCUGCCGAAGCAAUGGGAGCUGAGCGCGACCACCUUGCAUCGGUGGUCAGCUCAGCUGUGAAUGUUCGUUCUCAUGAUGAUAUCACUACUCUUACUGCUGCAGCUGCCACAGCUCUCCGAGGAGCAGCAACACUGAAAGCUAGAGCUGUGAAGGACUUAUGGAAUGGUGCUGCAGUAACACCAUUGGAGAAAGGAAUGGGAGGUAUACCAAUAUCUGGAAAAGGUAAUAACAUAAAAAACAUGAACAACAGCUCCAGUGAUAGUGGAGAAAUUGUGAAUGUAGAUGGUUUUAUAGGUUCCUGCAGCCAAGAACUACUUGCUAAGGGCAGUGAAUUACUCAAACGCACCCGUAACGGUGAUCUACACUGGAAAAUAGUUUCUGUUUACAUACAUCGAACGGGACAUGUAAUGCUGAAAAUGAAGAGCAAACAUGUUGCAGGAACAAUAACAAAAAAGAACAAGAAUAUUGUGCUAGACGUGUGCACGGAUUUACCAGCAUGGCCAGGAAGAGAUCUAUCAGAUGAUGGAGAAAAACGAUGCUACUUCGGAUUGAAAACAGACUCGAGGGGAAUUGUCGAGUUCGAGUGUAGAAAUCAAAGAGAAUAUGAUAUCUGGACUCAAGGGGUUUCUAGGCUUCUUUCAAUCGUUACACAAAAACAAAACAAAUAUAGCAACUGAACCUCUCAUCUUGUUAUUGCUAGUUACCAAAUUUAAUUCGACACUAAGUUUUGAGAUGUAUUAAGCACAUGUGUUUAUCUAUAUCAUCCAAAUCAAGUACUCAAUUGAAUUUUCCUUAACUUGAA